AUGGCAAAAAUUCACAAACCGAAACCAAAAUUAUCUAAAGCUGCUCUUACAACUCUGCAAAAACAACUGUCUACUCUUUUGGAGAGGCAGAAACAACUCAUGAAAAGAAAAAAUGAGUUGGAAAAUGAGAUAUAUAAGUAUGAAACGGAGUAUCUGGAAAGUGGACAGGGCUAUCCUUUAACGAAUACUUUGGAUUUCUACCUGGGACAAAGACAUGAAAAGAAAAAGUACGUGGUGCAAGCCAAAGACAGGAUUUUUAGCACUUUAUUGCCACGUAUCUACAGGUAGCUUGUGCUUCGUGAGCCUCGUGGUAAAUGGUGAUAUCGCUAAAAUUAGUGUUAGGUGCUAUGAAAAUUAAAAGAGUAAAACGUGCAAUUGGAUUGUUGUUUGACAAGAAUGCGUUCUUUAAUUUUGGUACGAGGAAGUGCUAUUUGCAAUAAAAAAUGUUUGCUAGUUUGAUUGUCCUAA